CUGGCUCAGGUCGGGGUGCCGCACGCUCCCGGAAUGGGGAGAGGACAAGGCAGUGUGGCCGUCCGCGUCUCCAGGAUUUUCAGAUGCGUUUCAGGACCCCGGACAGGAGAGCCCGUGUUGACCUCCCCGGUGAUAACGGUCACCCCCUGGCUUGCCCGCCCACAGAGGGUUCUCACCGACAGGCUGGGCCAAGCAGGUACUGUUUUAUCAGUUAGGGCAGAACAUUCGCCGCUGGGAAGGACCCAGGUUUCCAGUAUGUCCCCCUAAGUACGAGAAAGCGCAGUGAUGAGGUUUUCUUCCUUCCGUGUGCUCGGGUAGGGGGCAUGGGGGGGAGGGGCCCCCAGAACCUGUGACUGUUAAAAUUUUUUUUUUUAGUGUUUAUUGAUUUUUGACAGAGAGAGAGAGAGAGAGAGGCAGAGCGUGAGUGGGGGAGGUGCAGAGAGAGAGGGACACACAGAAUCCCAAGCAGGCUCCAGGCUCUGAUCUCAGCACAGAGCCCGUCGCGGGGCUCCAACUCACGGACUGUGAGAUCAUGACCCGAGCUGAGGUCGGAGGCUCAACCGACCCACCCAGGUGCCCCCAGAACCUGUGACUGCCACCUUCACAGCAGCAGGGACUUUGCAGACUGAUUAAGCACCUUGAGAAGGGGAGUACCCUGGAUAUCUGGGUGGCCCGUGUCAUCACAACAGCCCAUACGUGGGAAGAAGGCAGAAAAGUCGCAGAGGGAGGCGUGGCCUCUGGGGCAGAGGGGCAGUCACGUGACUGCUGGGUUUGGAGCCAGAGGAAGGGGCCGGGAGUCCUGGAAAGCCUCGGCCAGGAACCGAAACCCGCGAGGAAACAGGUUCCUCCCUGGAGCCCCUGGGGGGGUCGCCACCUGGCCGGUACCUGGGCUUUAGCCCCGUGAACCCACGGUGGACCCCUCACGUCUGGGUCCCUCAGAUGGCAGGUCGGUGUCGUUUUAAGGCUCUGUGUUUGUGCUGACACGUCACAGCGGCAGGAGGGAGCACAUACAGGACAGCGAUUGACAGGGUCCCUAUUUGCCGCCCACUGGGGCGGCACAACCCGGGCGAUGCUCUGAGCUCCGGGGGCCGUGGACGCCCUGGAGAAUCUGCCCGGAUCUUCGCCCUGGUCAGCGUUUCUCGAGUCCUGACUCCACCCCCUUGGGACUGAGCCGCGGAGUCCAGAGGUUCCACGGGGCCCACUUUGGGAAGCUCGACAGUGAGAGCGCGACACCGUCGCCAAAGCGCAUCAGGCACGGAAACCGCGGAGCCGCUCGCCGCUGUCCGGUGGGCGCACGUGGGAUCUGGAGCCCGCGUUCGGAUCUGGCCCCGGAUGAAAACCGAACGGACUGGAGCAUUCAGCGUCGGCCGCGAGGCUCUGACGUCCUCAGCCAUGGACACCAACCAGGACACUUCCCUCUUCCUGAUGAAGAUCUUGGAGGAGCUGGACAGCAAGCAAAACACCGUUUCCUACCAGGACCUGUGCAAGUCCCUGUGUGCCCGCUUCGACCUGUCCCAGCUCGCCAAACUGAGAAGCGUGCUCUUCUACACGGCCUGUCUGGACCCCAACUUCCCGGCCACGCUGUUCAAGGAGAAGAUGAAGUGCCCCGGGAACAACCAGCAGUCGAAGAAGAUCAUGGUGGCCGCGGACGUCGUGACCAUAUUCAACCUGAUCCAGAUGAACGGGGGCGCGGCCAAGGGCAAGCUGCCCACGGGCCGGCAGAAGGGGCGCCACAAGGAGGCGCCCUUCGAGCCCUGCGGGUCGGACGCGGAGGCCUGUGCCGCGGCCCAGUGCGAGCCCCUCGGCUGCGAGCUGGGCGACAGGCCCUUCCGCCGGGGCUACCCCGCCCGCCAGGCGUCCCAGGGCCGGAAGGCGGACCCCAAGGACCGCCCGCCGCAGUUCGUGCCUGCCUCCGAGCCCAACUUCCUGCUGGGCGUCGGCAAGGAGCCGAAGAGCCGCGCGGCCUCCCUGGACCGGCUGCAGGCGCUGGCGCCCUACUCCAUCGCCAGCCCCCAGCCCUGUGAGAUGCAGAGAACCUACUUCCCCAUGAACAUCGAGAGCGAGCCCGUCUCAGACCAGGACUCCCUGCCCAUGAGCCAGGGUGGCAGCACGGAGCCCUUUGUCAUCCAGUCCUGUGUCCAGAAGAGGAACAUCUUUAAGGAGGAUUUUCACAACCUGAUGGCCGUGUCGCCCACGCUGGUUGGCCCCGCCAGCAAGGGAGAGGUCGAGCGUGGGGAGCCCCGGGGGCACCCGGAGCCCCACAGGACACCCUUCUUCAACCACAGCUUUGAGAUGCCCUGCAACAGCCAGUACCUGAACCGCACGUACUCCCCGGUGCCCGACAAGAGGCGGGCCAAACACGAGAGCUUAGACGACCUUCAGGCCUCCACGUAUUUUGGGCCCACUCCAGUGACGGGGGCGCAGGAAGCCAGGCGCUGCCCGGGGAGGCCGGGCAAGCAGACCCCCUGGCCGGCCAAAAGCUGGAGCCUCAACACCGAGGAGGUCCCUGACUUUGAACGGUCCUUCCUGAACAGAAACCCCUCUGAGGAGAAGCUGCGAUAUCCACACCCCAGCAGCCAGACCCCCAGUUUCCCAGCCCCAGACAGGCGGCCCACUUACCUCGCGCCAAGCGACCCACAGCAGGUCCUUCCCGGGGGCUACGCGGCAAAACCAGAUGGGCUCAAACCUAAAGAGGUCUCGUCCCCUGUUGACCUGGAGAAGCACGAGCCGGUCAGAAAGUUCAAAGACAAGAGCAUUAGCUGCACGGGGGGGCAGCUCAGCUCAGACACCAGCAGCGUGGGCACCCAGACCGAGCAGCACGUGUUGGAGCCCAAGAAGUACAAGGACCUGUGCGCCUCCGGGCAGAGCAAGUACAGUGACAGGCACGCCAUGAAGCAGUCAGACGACGACUCGGAGGUCGUCAGCGAUGACAUCAGCGACAUUUUUCGAUUUCUUGACGACAUGAGCAUCAGUGGCUCCACGGGGGUGAUGCAGUCCUCCUGCUACAACAGCACAGGGUCCUUGUCUCAGCUUCACAAGUCAGACUGUGACAGUUCGCCGGAGCACAGCGUAACCAAAAUCGCCAACGGGCUUCCCGGUAGCAAAGGAGAAAAGGGCAGCCGGCCCGAAGGCAGCAGCCACCGCUCCGAAGAGGAGCUGAAGACCAGUGUGUGCAGGCUGGUGCUGAGGAUCGGCGAAAUCGAGCGGAAGCUUGAGUCGCUGUCGGGUGUCCGCGAGGAAAUUUCGCAGGUCCUGGGCAAGCUAAAUAAGCUGGAUCAGAAAAUGCAGCAACCCGAGAAGGCGGGUGUGCAGGUCGACCUGAAUUCCUGGACGAGCGAGGCUCCGUCCGACGAGAGCGCCUCUCCCCGGAUGUUUCGUGGGCACAGCGGCCCCCGUGGACCCAAACCCGAGAACGCGGCCGACUGGUGCUGCUCAGAGGCCAGCGGAAGCAACAGCGAGAGCCUCCGCGUCAAGGCCUUAAAAAAGAGCCUCUUCACCAGGCCGUCCUCGAGGUCCCUGACGGAGGAGAACAGCGCCACGGAGUCCAAAAUCGCCAGCACCUCCAACUCGCCCAGAGACUGGCGCACCAUCACCUACGCCAGCCGCGUGGGCCUCGGUGAGGAGGAGGUGAAGGACAGGGGCCCCGGGGAGAGUAAGGACUGGCACCAGAAGUCCAAAGAGGCGGCCGGGCCAUACAGCGUCCCCCCGCAGCACCGACUGCCCAAGCAGUGCAAGGACAGCUUCCUGGUGGAGCAGGUGUUCAGCCCGCACCCCUACCCCGCCUCCCUCAAAGCCCACAUGAAGAAUGACCCCCUGUACGCGGACAUGCGGCUGACGGAACUGGCCGAGGUGAAGCGGGGCCAGCCCUCCUGGACCAUCGAGGAGUACGCAAGGAACGCGGGUGACAAGGGCAAGCUGACGGCCCUAGACCUGCAGACGCAGGAGUCCUUAAACCCAAACAACUUAGAAUACUGGAUGGAGGAUGUUUAUACCCCGGGCUACGACUCGUUACUGAAGCGUAAGGAAGCCGAGUUCAGACGAGCCAAGGUCUGCAAGAUCGCCGCUCUGGUCGCCGCUGCCGCGUGCACGGUCAUCCUCGUGGUUGUCGUGCCCAUCUGCACGAUGAAAUCCUGAGCCCGGGGCCGCCCCGCCGUGCACGGCUGGCGGCCGCCGGCUCUCCCUCUGUGGCGUGAGGCCUCAGGGCCGUGUGGCGACAGCUCGCUGGGGCUUUCUGCCGGUGGGCAAGAUGCGCUUCAGGAAGUGUGCGUUCUAGAGAGACCUACCCUCCUAUUGGCUUUGACUCAAUGACGCUCGGAUGCGUUGUUAGAAGUGCAAUAUCUUUUCCUACCAAAAGAAUGUAACGGACGAGCAGAACAUGCAAAUUGAAUUCCAAGCAAAAAAAAAUUUAAUUGGA